UUGGCCGUGUGUCGGGGGCGCGCGGAGCCCGCAGCUGGUGGCGCGGCGCCGGCUGCAGGAUCAGGAAGGAGCCGCGGCUUUAGCCCAGGCCGCUCGGGCCGAGGAUGUUUCUGCUGUUCUCCAUACUCCCUCGAGGUGAGCAAUACCUAAGAUGCAAAGGUUGCCUCUGUGUUGCUUCAGUUCUCUGCUGCCUAGGGGUGAGAGUGUUCUGCUGUUAGACGGACUGACUUGUCUCAGCCUGGGCUGCAUUCUCCGUUUCCUCCGCCUGGCCUGCCGCCCAGCUGCUGCUUGCCUGCCGAGGAGCCCGGCUGCCAUGUACGCAGCUCGCUACCACACUUGCAAGCCGCACAUCUGGGCAGCCUAUCCAGAGCAUUUCCCACAUCUCUACCAGGGGAGACGGAAUGGACACAAACCUCAUUACCAUCACCAUCCCACCAAGAAGAAAACCUGGAACUUCAUCCAUGAGAAGAUGAGCUAUGACACUUUCUUCACCAUGAAGCGGCUGAUUGACCGCUCACGGACUGUGGGAGAGGUGUUGCGCUGGGUGACACAGAACCCUGGUAAGAUCUCCUACAAUCAUUACCCCAUUGCCCUGCAAAAAAUUGGUCAGGUCCUGCAGCAGCUGCCAGCAGGAUCCACCAUGGCAGCGUAUUAUAGCCAGAUGUUGGAGCUGGAAGAUUUUCAAACGCUCUGCCAAUCCAUCGUGAGUGAUUGCUCCAAAUUUGACAACUUCAGCAUCGUGAAUUGUCUGUACGCUGUCGCUGCUCUGGGUCUUCCUGGUGAUUCCAAGAUUGUUCAGGUCCUGGAGGAGGAAUCCCGAAUCCGGCUCUCACAGUUCAAUCAAAAGGAUAUCUCCAUGGUUUUCAGCAGUGUCAUGAAGCUACAUCCAUCCAUUGAGCACCCAUUAAUUGAAAGCUGUCUCACUGGCCUGGAGAAGAACAUUGAGAAGGAACGUCACCCCCAGACCUUGUUCCUCUUGCUCUCUUACUACAAACUGAAGGCUCAGGCACUGCAGUCUGAUGGCUACAGCAGCGAACAGCUUCUCAACAACCGUAAGAUCCUCCGAUUGGUCAAGCACACACUGGGGCACGUCACCAAUGUAAGAGACCACGAGAUGACCCUCCUGGACGAGAUGCUGGCUACGUGUGCCCGGGAGACCAGCAACAAGUCACUGGAGCUGAUCUUUAGUUCUCAACUCUUCUAUGAGAACAGGCAGGAAAAGUUCAUCAAUAGCUUGGCAGAGGAACUCCCAAAGAAAGUGGAUAGCAUCACCCCCUACACCAUGGCACUCAUUGCAAAAUAUAUUGCGCGUCAUCGACUACGUGAGACCAGGCUUCUGGACACGAUCGCAGAUUUCCUCAUCAAAAAGGGUGAAAACCUGGACAGUAAGAUAAUUCAGAAGCUCGUCUUCCCAUUCAGUCGGAUGAACUACAAACCUUCCCAUGAAGCCAAGUUUUUUGCAAAGCUGGAGUCCGUGCUGGAGGUCAAAGCCAUGAACUCACCCCUGGCCACAGUCAAUAUCUUCAUGUCCAUGUUCCAACUGGGACAUUUUCCAGGAUCCAUACUUGACAAAGUCUUCUCUGCCGCUUUCAUCAACAACGUGAUGAACAGUCCGUAUGGAUUGAUUGUUCGCCGAUACCUGUCCCUACUUGAUGCUGCAGUGGAGCUGGAGCACAGUGAUUACAAGGGACCUCGACUGGAGGACAGAUACAAAGUGAUGAUGUUUGACCGUGUACUGACUGCAGAUGAGGUGAACAGGAAGUACAGUUACAAAGGGUUGGUGGCAGAAGCUUUGAGACAGCUGAUUGGGGAUCAGUGUUACAAACAAGACGAGGUUCUUCCCCCAGGGUAUUAUACAGAUUUCUUGCUGUGGAUAAAUGGUUCUGGCACUGUUCUGCAUAUUAAUGGGACGAUUCACAGUGCUGGCACUUCUUUGUGCCCCUCUGGUUCCAAUUCAAAGCCCACAGAGAACACAGCUUCCAUCCAUGGUCAACCUGAUAUCCCCACCCUCACCGCUGAUUUCCAGAAAUUCUCUCCCUUUGGACAUGAUGAGGUGAUAGUGAAAGAGAAGAGAGAUGGUGAUCUUACAGCGGAAGUGGAUUUCCUCACACGCACCCAGCCUGCAGUGAGUAGUGGACGUUCAGGCUCGGCCUCCGUCUUAGCCAACUCAACCAUUGAGUACAACACUUAUUACCCUCCUUCGAACUACUACACUAGCCUGACCAAGGAGCAGUCACUGGAGAGUCAGGACAGCUCUACACUGAGCAGUCCGUCUGACUGUUUGAACCAGGUCCCUAACACCACUGGCUGCUCACCAGUUAUUGGCUCCAGUUCCCUCUUUCAGUUUCCCAUCGAGAAAAUCUUAGAUGAGCAAACUGAAACACCAUCCCAGAACCAAGAGCACAAUCUCUUCAGAACAGAACAGACAACUCCAAAUUUUUACGACAGCCCUCAUUAUCCUGAGAGCCAGAGCAGUAUUGGGCAGGUGGACAUGGCGAACACUGUGCCACCGUCUGUGAACCGAUCGUCACUAAUUGAGAAACAGAGACAUCUGGAGAUGGAGCAAGUGAACAGGAUUGUGAUGUCGGUGAAUGACAAAUGGCAUUACUGCCACAACUCGGAUGUGUUGGUGGGAUCUCGAGCCAUGCGGGAUCGACACCUGCGACUACUAGGAUAUACCAUUCUGCAGCUGCCUUACCAUGAGCUCGAAAAACUGAACGGGAUAGAGGAAGUUAAGCAUUAUUUACGGAAAAGACUCCUGGAUGUGCAGUUAUGACGAUCAAAGAGUUGAUUUUUUUUGUACCCUGCUCCUGUUUCUAUUUAGGUGAAAUGGAACCACCUGACCAUCAGCAGUCAGAAUGCCUGGAAAUUGCAACAUCGAAACAAUUGGAAUUCCGACAAUGCUGUUCCUCUCUCUUUCUUCACUUCCUCUG